CUCGCUUUUGUUCCCUCGUCACAACAAAGCGCGGCUGUUGUAUCCGGGGCCUCCUUGAACUUCCUUCUGCCUCUGUGUGUCCAUUCGAUCUUCAAAAUGGCCAAUCGAGGAGGUUACGACGUGGUCGUAGAUGUUGAUGCCGAGGGCGAUCUAGGCCACACGGAUCUCCAAGAAGAUCUCGAAUUCCACCCAUCAAAUUUUGAAAACGACGCUCGCAACGCCAAAAUCCACCCCGACUCACAGCCAUUCCUCGGCGGUAAUGGUGGUAACGUCCACGGCAGCUCAUCGCGCGGUGGCGCCGGCGGCGGCAAACAUCGACUCUGGACAAUCCAAUAUUACAGCCAAUACUUCGAUGUCGACACAAACGAGGUUUUCCGACGCUGCGUGGCAGCCGUGUACCCUCGCUCCAACUUCCUCGACAUUCUAGACGGGAACCCGGAUCUUUAUGGUCCGUUUUGGAUCGCCACGACGGUGGUCAUCAUCCUCUUUUUGACGGGCACGAUCUCGCAGUAUCUGUCGCGGGAGGAUGACAAGCAUUUUGGGUAUGACUUUAGAUUGCUCUCUGGUGCAGCAGGGCUGGUUUAUGGAUAUACCGGCGUGAUCCCUAUUGCCUUGUGGGCUGCACUGCGAUGGUUCGGUAGUUCGUCGGCGGAUCUGAUUGAGUGCUGGGCUCUGUAUGGCUAUGCGAAUCUUGUCUGGAUUGCCGUUGCGUUGGUGAGCUGGAGCCCGCUGACGGCGCUCAACUGGGCACUUGUGGGCGUGGGGUUUGCCUGGACGGUGUUCUUCCUCUUGCGCAAUUUGUACCCCGUGUUGAGUGCGACCGACGCAAAGACGAGCAAGGUCUUGCUCAUUGUCGUUGUUGUGCUCCAUGCCGGGUUGGCGAUUGCUAUCAAGAUUCUGUUCUUUGCUCACGGUAGCCCUGCUUCGAAGAACCAUGAUGAUGAUAAGCACGACGACGAUAAGCAUGAUGAUGACAAACAGAGUGACGAGAAGGAAGAUGGUAAGAGACGCAUGUUUUUCUAACUGAGCACCAAGUAGCGCGAGGGAUGUAUUUUUGCUACCAGAGCAUCCUUGACAUGUGGUUAUUCCCUCAUGAACAAACACAUCUUUGAACAGCUGUAUCACUGACAUUUGUUUACGAUGUAUAAAUAUUCCUUUCCAUUUUUAGGACACUUUAAAAAAGAAUCAAAGCUUUGAAGAUUGGUUUACA